CCACCAGUUAAAAGUACAAAAACCGCAACGAAAGGAGCGAAGCAAAUAGCUGAAGAAAAUGUGUCGACUCUAAAUUUUUACAGAAAUAUGGCAUUUGGGGCCACGGUAUUUUAUUUGACAAUCAUGAUGGUCUUCUUUCAAUUUACUACACUGUCUAUAACUUUAACAAUAUUUUCUGGACUGAUUUAUGUAGCAAGUUAUCAAUUUAUGUCUUUCAUGGCCAAGCCAAAGUACAGUCAAAAUCAGUUAACUGAUCCUGGAUCUGAUCUCAACCUCAAAGGAGGAAUAGCUGAACAUGUAAUUGAUUUAAUUAUCUUAACUGCCGGAUGUCAAAUACUGUCACUUAUUUCCGACUACUUUUGGUUACUCUGGCUAUUGGCGCCAAUACGAGCAUUUUAUCUAGCUUGGACGCUUAUCCUAGCGCCUUGGUUCUUCGCAGCACCCCAAGAGCAGGAAGUUGAUGAGAAGAAACAGAGAAAAAUGGAACGGAAAAUGGCCAGGCGUCAUUAA